AUGAGUAGUCCCCGCGGAUGUAAAUCACCAUUAACACUUUCUGCGCGGAGUGAACACGAUUCUCGGCAAGACUUCACACGCAAAGCUUCGGCAACUGUGGCUGGGAUGCGGUUGAUUGGACUAGAUUCUUCAAAGAUCCUGUCGAAGGCAUUGUACACAUUGCCCGAAGACUAUGCCCGUCAACGCGAGUAUGUUUACUGA